CUCAUGCAAUCGAAAUGUCAACUAUUUCACAUUAACUGUAACAUAGUUUUAAUAUAUGAAAACGGUAUUUUAAGGAUAUUUAAGUUAUAAAAGCGGAUUACAGUGCAGUUCAUAGAUUAAAACCCGCUACUAACACAUGCUACUGGGGGAUAAACAUAUUAAAUCUUGAUGUUUUUGACCAUCUAAAGUGGCACACUGGUGAUAUCAGCUGUACAGUAUAAUUGUUUUCUUGAAGAAUUAGAGUAUGGAUCAUCGCUGCUACUGUUGUGCAUCAAAAUUCACUCUCUUCAGGAAAGAGUUGGGAUGUAAAAACUGUGGCCAUUCUUUCUGCUCUGGGUGUCUGACAUACACUGCUGUGGUGCCAAAAUAUGGAAACAGUCAGCAGAAAGUGUGUAAACAAUGUCAUGGGAACUUAACAAGUACAGGCAACCAGAAUGAUGCUGGCAGAUGGUCCCCACCAGAAAACUAUAAAAAGCGCGUUGCUGCUCUUGAAGCCAAACAAGCUCAACAGAAUCAGCCUCCAAAACCUGGAGGUGGUAAAAUCAGUUCUGUGGGUCGCAUUCCAACCAGAGGUCUCAGUAAAGAGGACCAGGUCAUCGCAGAAAGACUGCAGAAGCUGAAAGAGGAAACCAAGCCAAAGUCCAUACCAUCAGAGAAAGAGCUGGAGUCUCGUCUAGCUGCGUUAAAGGCGCCGGUUAAGCCGGUACCAUCGGCUAAAGACAUGGAGGAGCGUUUGGCUGCCUUACAGGGGGUACUCCCGCCCUCUCAAGCCCCACGUCCAGUUCAUCAGCCGCCCGACAGCAGAACUCAAACCGAACAGACCAAUGAUUUAAUCACACAGAUGACAGAGGAAGUUGCUAUUGACAACCAGCAUCCAUCUGCGGACGACAUGCCACUAAAUGAUCUCAAUAAGCUAGAGGGCAGGAACUUCAAUGAGAAUCUAGAUGACACAGAGCUGUCAAUCAAACAGCUGCAGGCGGAGAAGACCCAUGUGCUUGAGGAAGCCAUGCAGGAACUGCAAAAAGACCAACAGAACCAGGAGCAGAUGCUGCAGAUAGCCAAGAGACUGGCACUGCUGCAGGGACGAGACCCAGAGCAGGUCAGACUGUUAGAUUUCCAACAACCUGACAGUGAUGAAGAGAAUGAAGAAGAGGCCAUCAACAGAGUUUUGAAAAAGUUAUCUGAGGAGGCGGCUCUAGAUGAGGCCAGCGGCUACAACAUCCCACCUGAGCUCAGGGGACCAAUGAACAGAGAGAAGGACUCGCCCAACAGGAAACUGUCAUCUACAUCAAAGCCUCCAGCUGCUGUUUCUCAGUCCCGCCGCUUUAAUGACGAUGAUGAGGGUGAUGAUGGUGACGAAGAGUUGCCGUGGUGCUGCAUCUGUAAUCAGGACGCCUCCGUCCGCUGUCACACGUGUGAUGGAGAUCUGUACUGCAACCGCUGCUUCAGGCAAGGUCACGACAAAUAUGACCGAAAAGAACAUCGUACUUCCACAUAUACAGCACCAAAGAAAACCAAGAAGAAAACAUGAAUCUCAAUGUGCAAUAACAUACUUAAUGUAUUAACUUAUGUGCUUUAAAAGAACUUAUGUGCUUUCUAAAAGCAGACAGAAAUUACAAGAUGUCGCCAAAAUAACGUUUGUGACGAGAAGCUCUCAAUCACAGGCGUAUUAUUACAAGAUAAAAGAUUAUUUUGUAGCCUGCUACAAAGAAACUUAAGAAUAAUAAAGAAGUGCACAAACAGCUUGUAGUAAAUGUUCUGUGUUUGGCUUUUAAGCAUCUAUGGUGAUAAAAAACUGGAUCAUUAUGACAUAAAACUUUAAUCAAAAGUAGGUCAUGUGUUUUAGAGAACUAGUCAUGAGAUUAGUCAUGUGUCAUGUGCACAGUAUCAUUCACAGCACAUUUCCUCGGAUCUCUGUCGUAGUUUAAAAAUGAUAUUUUGAGCGUUUAUGUUUAGCAUUAUAAUAGCUGAAAUGGCUCGCUCUCGUUCUCUUACGAUCACACACAAAGUUUGGGUUGAGAUUGAAAGAGGAAGCGCUGUCGUUUGUCAUGUGAUCAGUUUGUUUCAAACACGGAAAUGUGCAGCUUUCUUUUAAGAGUUAAAGUCUAACUUAUAAAGUCUCACCUGAUUUGAGCUGUUCUCGUUGGACAGUGUUUAAGACGCUCUUGAUGCAUUUGUGUAGAGGCAAAAUUGUGUGGCUAAAUAAAAUAAAUGAACAAAAAGUCAAUAAAUGUCUUUUU